AUGCGCACUGCUCACGCCGCCCCGCUGCUCCAGCUGCUGCUCCUGCUGGGACCCCGGCUCCAGGUUACCGGCAUCGCGGAGCCGCCGCCGCCACCGCCGCCUGCCGUGGUCCUUGCCAUCCUGGCCCGCAAUGCUGAGCACUCGCUACCCCACUACCUGGGCGCGCUGGAGCGUCUGGACUACCCUCGGGCCCGGCUGGCCCUCUGGUGUGCCACGGACCAUAAUGUAGACAACACCACAGAGAUGCUGCAGGAGUGGCUGGCCGCUGUGGGCAAUGACUAUGCAGCCGUGGUGUGGAGGCCCGAGGGAGAGCCCAGGUCCUACCCAGACGAAGAGGGUCCCAAGCACUGGACCAAAGAAAGACACCAGUUUCUGAUGGAGUUGAAGCAGGAAGCCCUGACUUUUGCCAGGGACUUAAGGGCAGACUAUAUCCUGUUUGCAGAUACAGACAACAUUCUGACCAACAACCAGACACUGCGGCUUCUGAUAGAGCAGGGACUGCCCGUGGUGGCCCCCAUGCUGGACUCCCAGACCUACUACUCCAAUUUCUGGUGUGGGAUUACUCCACAGGGCUACUACCGCCGCACAGCUGAGUACUUCCCCACAAAGAACCGCCAGCGCCGGGGCUGCUUCCGGGUCCCCAUGGUCCACUCCACCUUCCUGGUGUCCCUGCGGGCGGAGGGGGCAGCCCAGCUCGCCUUCUACCCCCCUCACCCCAACUACACCUGGCCCUUUGAUGACAUCAUCGUCUUCGCCUACUCCUGCCAGGCUGCUGGGGUCUCGGUUCACGUGUGCAAUGAGCACCGUUAUGGGUAUAUGAACGUGCCCGUGAAGUCCCACCAGGACCUGGAGGAGGAGAGGGUCAACUUCAUCCACCUGAUCUUGGAGGCACUAGUGCACGGGCCCCCUAUGUGGGCCUCGGCUCAUGUGUCCCGGCCCCCAAAGAGUCCCACCAAGAUGGGAUUUGAUGAGGUCUUUGUCAUCAGCCUGGCCCGCAGGCCCGACCGGCGUGAGCGCAUGCUGCGCUCACUCUGGGAAAUGGAGAUCUCUGGGCGGGUGGUAGAUGCUGUGGAUGGCCGGACGCUCAACAGCAGUAUCAUGAGGAGCCUCGGUGUGGACCUGCUCCCUGGCUACCAGGACCCCUACUCGGGCCGCACGCUGACCAAGGGCGAGGUGGGCUGCUUCCUGAGCCACUACUCCGUCUGGGAGGAGGUGGCUGCCAGGGGCCUGGCCCGGGUCGUGGUAUUUGAGGAUGAUGUGCGCUUUGAGAGCAACUUCAAGAGGCGUUUGGAGAGGCUGAUGGAGGAGGUGGAGGCAGAGAAACUUCCAUGGGAUCUGAUCUACCUCGGCCGGAAGCAGGUGAACCCUGAGGAAGAGGUGGCUGUGGAGGGGCUGCCACGCCUGGUGGUGGCCGGGUACUCCUACUGGACACUGGCCUAUGUCCUGAGCCUGGCGGGCGCCCGAAAGCUGCUGGCCUCCCAGCCCCUGCGCCGGAUGCUGCCUGUGGACGAGUUCCUGCCCAUUAUGUUUGACCAGCAUCCCAACGAGCAGUAUAAGGCACACUUCUGGCCUCGGGACCUGCGGGCCUUCUCUGCGCGGCCCCUGCUUGCUGAACCUACUCACUAUGCGGGGGAUGCAGAGUGGCUCAGUGACACGGAGACAUCCUCACUCUGGGACGACGACAGUGGCCGCCUCAUCAGCUGGAGUGGCUCUCACAAGACCCUUCGUGGUCCCCGCCUGGACCUGGCUGGCAGCAGUGGUCACAGCCUCCAUCCCCACCCCAGGGACGAGCUCUAGGUCCAGGUGGUGACCAGAGGGUACCCAGGAGCAGACCAAAGCUGUCCAGGAGCAGAGGUGGAGAUUGCUGGCAGGAGCCGCCACCAGGGACCACAGACUCAAUGGAGACCUGGCUGCCACCUUAGGCAUGGCCACUCUGCCCUCUGGCCCCGUCUUACAUGGGAAGAAAUCAGAUGGGUCCCCUUUUCUGAGGUCACAUCGUGGAAGGGCUUGCUUGCCU